UGGCCGGCCAAGGCGCGGCGGGGCUCGGGGAGCGGAGCGGCGACGGCGCCCCCCGGAGGACCAGGAUGAAGGCCCGCUGCUGCCUCCUACUGGUCGCUCUGUACAUGGCUGGCUUGGGCAGCCCUUCGGAACGCUGCGAUGACUGGGGAGUUGACACCAUGAAGCACAAGCCGGUCUAUAACGGGGAGCCAGCCAAAAUCAGAUGCCCGCUCUUUGAGGCCUUCUUGAAGUAUAACUACAGCACCGCCCACUCGUCUGGCUUGACCCUGAUCUGGUACUGGAUUGGGCAAGGCCGAGACCUGGAAGAGCCCAUCAACUUCCGUCUCCCAGACAACCGCAUCACCAAGGAGAAGGACACGCUCUGGUUCCGGCCUGCACUUCUCAACGACACGGGCAACUACACAUGCAUGCUCAGAAAUGCUACCUACUGCAGUAAAGUCGCUUUCCCCCUGGAGGUGGUCAGCAAAGACCCCGGUUCUUGCGUCAGCCGAGCCGUCGAGCCGGACAACGUGAUGUUAUACUUGGAACACAUCCAUGUCAACCUCACCUGCCCGGAUGUGGACAGUUAUUUUCCUGCUGGGGUGAAACCGAAGGUCCAGUGGUUUAAGAAAUGCAAACUUGUGGAAGGCUUCUACGAGCAGUAUCCCAACGGCCUCAACCUCACGUUUGGCAUCGUGCGGGAAGUGUACAGGGGGGACUACACUUGCAUUGUGGCCUACAAAGAAAAUGGCCAGGACUUCACGCUGACUCGAACGCUGAGGAUCAAGGUGGUAGGCGCUCCAGAGAAGGCAAAGCCCCCACAGAUCCGCUCUCCAAACGACCUCGUUGUCUACGAACUCCCAGCAGGAUCGGAUCUCGUUCUCGUUUGUCGGGUCCACUUCACGUACCUGAAAGGUCAUCCACCUGAAGUCUCCUGGUUGAUUGAUGGACGGAACACAGACGACAUCAUGGACCUCAAGAUAAACGUCUCCCAGAAUAAGACGUACGAUGCCGUGGAAAACUUGGAUAUUGAAAAGACUCUGAUUGUGCCGAAAGCCACAGAGGAGGACCUGAAGCGGAACUACACCUGCUAUGCCCACAACCCCAAGGGUGAAGCAUAUAGGCAAGCCAUCGUCAAGUUGCAAGUUCCAGUUCCGAGAUACACCGUUGAGCUGGCCUGUGGCUUGGGAGCGACCGUCUUUCUCGUCGUCAUCCUGACGGUGGUCUACCACGUCUACUGGCUGGAGAUGGUGCUCUUCUACCGGGCUCACUUUGGGACGGAUGAAACCAUUCUAGACGGGAAGGAGUUUGACAUUUACGUGUCCUACGCGAGGAACGCUGAGGAGGAAGAGUUUGUGCUGCUGACGCUGCGCGGAGUCCUGGAAAACGAGUUUGGCUACAAGCUGUGCAUUUUCGACAGAGACAGCCUCCCUGGCGGAAUUGUUACGGACGAGACCCUCAGCUUCAUCCAGAGAAGUCGCCGCCUCUUGGUGGUGCUGAGCCCCAACUAUGUCCUGCAGGGCACCCAGGCCCUGCUGGAGCUCAAGGCGGGCCUGGAGAGCAUGGCCUCCCAGGGGACCAUCCGGGUCAUCCUCCUCCAGUACAAGGCCAUCCAGAGGAGCAAGGUGAAGGAGCUGCAGCAGGCCAGGGCGGCCCUCCGCGUCAUUAAGUGGAAGGGGGAGAAGUCCCGGUACCCCCAGGGAAGGUUCUGGAAGCAGCUGCGGGUGGAGCUGCCGGUGAAGAGCAGGCCCAAGAGCUCCUGGGACACGCAGGACCUCUGCUACUCCUCCCUGGAGAAAAUCUGAAAGGGGAGGGAGGGGGAGGGUUGAGAAUCCAGAGC